AUGAAUGUUACGGCACAUGUGCCCUCCAAGGCGCUUAGUGCGCAGUGCCGUUCCACUCGGCUGAGCAGAAGGGCAGUAAUUUCGACACUAGCAGCCAGAGGGUGUGUCACAGGACGCCUUUACCGGAUGGGGAGAAUAUCGUUUGCGAACGCGAGUUGUAGCCACGAUGCGCAGAUAAAUCAAGCUUCGAGGCCGGUGAACGCGGGUAUUCGAUCAUCCUCUGCAUCGUCCAGGAAUCUUGCCAACAUGACAUCGACAGCGCGAACAUUUCCUCGCCCCGAAAUCGUCAGCACUACAGUUUCAGAGGAUAUGGACUCGGUCCUUGUUCGGCAAGUCUACCGCGAGCUUACUUCUCGGGAGCUAAAUCAGGAACUGCAAACCUUAGGCGCAAGCCAAAAUUGGCGUUUUGUCUUUAAAAUAUUUGAUAGCCUGUGUGAAAACUCAAGUGUGAGCUAUUCCACGCGGAAGGAACGGAAAGGCGAUGCGUGCCUUCUACCAAACUCAUACAUUGCCACGACAGUACUUUCAAUAGCUGGUAGACAUGGUGACCUCGAUCGCGUUCGCUCAACAUGGACGUGGAUGCGUGCACAAGGGCCAGGUCGUAGUGCACCCACAGCAUGGACCUAUACGGCAUAUAUCCAAGCAGUCGGGGCAUUUGGAAGAUGGGAAGAAGCCUUUGAUGUUUACCAAGAAAUGAGAUCAGAAGGAGUCAUGCCUACCUCACACACAUACAGCGCACUUAUACGAGCAGGUGCCAAGGGGAGCCGCGCCGGUGCCACAGCGGCCGUAGCUCUUGUUGCGAAGAUGCGAGCGGAUGGGAUAAAACCGGAUGUUCCGAUUACAUCAGCACUUAUCUGCGCAUAUGGUGUCUUGGGUCAAUAUUCAAAUGCCGAACGAAUGCUCAGGGCCAUAGGAAAUCGUGUUGGAGGUAGUCAGGGUUUGCAACAUGCUGCUCUUGAUACCUGUUUCAUUUUCACCGAGGGUUCUGAAGAGGUGAGUGCUGAUGCCCUGAGUAGCUUUAGCCCAGAUGCCAGGCUAUAUACAGAGUUUAUAAUUGCCGCAUGUCGCUGCGGGAGACCUUCUGCUGCAGUGGAAGUAUUCCAGUCACCAAACUUCCCGAAAACUUCCUACACAUGCACCGCAGCGAUCAAAGCAUACGGGGAAUUAUCUGAGUGGGAGAGGGCUGAGGAUAUAUAUGUCGUGAUGUGUAAAGGCGGUGAUUGCAUGGCGCCAAAUGGGAUUACAUGUAGUGCGCUGCUCUCAGCAUAUGAAAAGUGUGGACAGUGGAGACGGGCAGUCGUCUUUCUAUCACGAUUGCGUGCAGCACGACGAUCAAGCCCAGACGAAAACUUCAAUGCCUUUAAGAUUGAGGAGAUCCAUUACAAUAUUGCAAUUUCAGCUUGUGGUAAGUGUGGCAAAUGGACAUAUGCAGAACGAUUAUUCGAUGAGAUGGUUAAGUAUGACGUCUCUCAAUCUACCAUCACAUACUCCACCCUGAUCGCCGCGUACGGCCGCAGCGGAGAGCAGAAACGCGCGAGCGCGCGGUACACGGAGAUGCUCGCUAAGGGGCUGAAACCCGAUGAUUACACCUUCGUAGGACUAAUGCUCUCACCAGCAUCCUGUGGGAACUUGGAUGCUUGUUUAGAUAUCAAAGAACAGAUGCAUGCCCAUGGCGUCGUUCCUUCCGUGCACGUAUAUAACGAGCUCAUUCGCGCUGCAGAUGUCGCGAGGAGAUAUGAAACCGCUGUGGAAAUAUUUCAAGAAAUGGUCAAGAAAGGCAUAGAGCCUAAUUCAACGACGCGAGAAUUAGUACAAGAGAUCGGGAAGAAGGGAGUGGAAUAUUAUGAGGACCAGCAGACCGCUGCAAACUUUGCCAGCUUCGUUGCCGGUUUGGUUGGAGUCGCCGGAAUGAUGGCCGGAAGAUGGUAG